UCCUACAUAAAAAAGUAAUUAAAUAAAAAUGGAUUUUAGAUUUUUUUUUUCAAUCGAUUAAGAAUCGUUAGAAAUCUGAAUUGUGAGCGAUUUUUUUUAACACCCCUUUAAUGCAUUAUACAAAUAUUGUUUUUUAAAUCAUUUAGGUGUGUUCAUCUGGAAAAGAAACCCAAUUAUUUUAAUUUUGAAUCAAAUAAGAAUCGUUACAGAUAAGAGUUGUGAUUCAUUCGAAAACAUUUUUUAGACAGCCCUAAUAAAUAUAUAUAUAUAUAUAUACAUACUAUUAAUAAUAUAAUAUUAUAUAUAUAUAGACAGUAUAUGUCAGUUUGCAACAAUGAAAGCGAGCUACAGCUAACAACUUCACUUUCAGGCUCUUUUGAAGGACUUGUUCAAAGAUGCGACUCCCUGCAGAGAGCCAUAAAUGUCAGCCCUACAGUAAACAUGCUCCAUAAGCACUUUGGCUUUUACGGUCUUAAUCCACCCUGCUUUAUAGCAUGCACUGUUUAUCAGCUCUACACUAGCCCUGCCUUUAUAGCACACCCUCACCUUUGCCCCUCCACUACAAGUCACAGGAGGAAGAAAAGAAGUGAAAUGUCCUCACCGCUUUAGUCCAACAACACACAGUCAACUGGGAUUGUGCUCAAUACUCUUUUUACAUCCAUCCACAUGUCACUGAGGUGAGGUGUGGUGUGGUGUGGUGUGGAGUGGUGUGGUGUGCUGAGGUGUGGUGUGGUGUGGUGUGGUGUGCUGAGGUGUGGUGUGCUGUGCUGAGGUGAGGUGUGUGAGUACAUGAGCAGUUGUUGAUUAACUGUGCGCUGAUAGAACACACCCUGCAUGAUUAGUGUCCUCACCCAUUGUCUUCACACUCCUGCUCUCUUCACCUUCUCCUUUGGAAUGUGCAGGGAAGACGGCUCAGUCAGCGCUGACAGCUGGAGAAGGUAGGACAUGUAGCGUGGAGAAGGUAGGACAUGUAGCGUGCAGAGCCACACCAGAAGAAGGAUCCAGGAUGUUCCUGCCCUACCUGGGAGUGUUGGUGGCGGCGGUGGUGGUGGCGGCCAACAAGAUGCUGGACCAGUGUCUGAGCGCCAAGCGUCAGUACGCCAUGAACGUGGUGCUGCUGGAAGACAACACCUACGCCUGGAGCAGACCUCUGGUGCAGGCUGCUGUGGAACAAGCCAUCCAGAGGGACCGGGAGGAGAACAUCAAAUAUGACUUCAACUUUACUUUAACUGCAAACUUCAACGGCUUCAACACCACCUUCUACAACCGACAAGGCUGUGGCAGCAGCACCUGUGAGGGUGUGGCCAUACUGAAGAUGCUGCAUAACAAAGGUGAGGUGGGAUGCGUCAUGCUGGGUCCGUCCUGCACAUUCGCCACCUUCCAGUUAGUGGACGACGUCAUCGGCCUGAGCCUGAGCAUUCCCAUCAUCUCGGCGGGGAGCUUCGGCCUGUCGUGCGACUACAAGCCCAAACUCACCCGCAUCCUGCCGCCGGCGCGCAAGAUCUCCGACAUGUUCUCCAACUUCCUGAUGGAGGUGCUGCCCUUCAAGGACCAGUGGGAGCACGUUUACGUCUACAAGAAGUUUGUGGACAACGCCACCGAGGACUGCUUCUGGUACACUAAUGCGCUGGAAGCACCAGCAGCCAACUUUGCCAAGCAGAUAAAGAGACAGAUGCUCCGGACGGAGGAUGAACUGACCAAAGCCCUCAUGUCUGAGGAACGCCACAGUAACAUUUUCAUCCUCUGUGGCCGUCUUGACGACGUAGUUUCAGUGAAGGCCAAAGUGGGUCCUCUUCACCAGGACACCGUCUUCCUUCUUCUGGACAUUUACAACCCUGAGUAUUACGUCAACGCCACGUCCAGUCAGGGCAUGCAGGACGUCCUGGUGGUCACGCUCCCAAAGAGGAACUACGACUAUGGAUCUGCUCUCCAGUUCAACGACACGAUCAACGACUACGUGGCCGGCUAUCAUGACAGCGCCCUGCUGUUUGGUAAAGUGCUCAGGGAGAGGGAGCUGAGUCAGCGAAAUAAGUCCAACUACAGAGACUCUCACGACGUACCGCUCAGCGACAACCCAUUUGGGAAUGUCUCCUUCCUCGGUAUGGCAGGACACUACGUGCUGGACGAGUACGGGGACAGAGACGUCAACUUCUCCAUCAUUUACACUUCCACUAAGACUGGCAAGUACGACACUCUGCUGGUGUUUGACACAUCCUGCAAUAAAACCAUAGAGAUGGCUCAUGAUCCAGAUCUGCCUUGGAGAGGAAACCGUCUGCCCCAAGAUCUGCCUGAGAGUCUAGUUGGUCUGAGCACGCAGAAUGUGAUCGUGAUCGUCCUGAGCGUCAGCGUUGUCGUGGUGACCGCCAUGGCCCUCAUCUUCUACAGGCAGAACAGGAAAGAACGGCAAAUGCAGAAAAAGUGGUCUCACAUCAGCCCUCACCUGAUUGGUCCGCUGGACGAGAAGGAGGUCUUCCUCAAGAUAGAUGAAGAUAACAAGAGGAAAGACAGCGCUUACUUCAAUCGUCGAUGCCGCUAUGACAAGAAGCCGGUCAUCUUGAAGGAGCUGAGACACACUGAUGGAGACUUCACUCAGGAACAGAAGAUUGAUCUCAACACUCUGCUGCGUAUUGAUUACUACAACCUGGCCAAGUUCUACGGCACUGUCAGCUUUGAGUAUGGAGUCUUUGGAGUCUUUGAACUCUGCCAGAGAGGAUCCCUCAGGUACAUCCUGAAUGACAGAAUCUCCUACCCAGACGAGACCUUCAUGGACAUGGAGUUCAAGAUCUCAGUCAUGUAUGACAUAGCCAAGGGCAUGUCUUAUCUCCACUCCAGCAACAUUGAAGUCCACGGUCGCCUGAAGUCCACCAACUGUGUGGUGGACAACCGCAUGGUGGUGAAGAUCACCGACUUUGGCUGCCACACCAUCCUGAAGCCAGGUAGAGAUGUUUGGACCGCUCCAGAACAUCUGCGUAGAGACGGUGUGUCUCAGAAAGGAGACGUCUACAGCUACGGCAUCAUUGCCCAUGAAAUAGUUCUGAGGCGGGCGCCAUUCUACACGCCAUGCUGCUCCAGUCGAGCAGAGAAGAUCUACAGGGUGCAAUACCCCAACGGCUUUGCUGUCUUUAGGCCAGAACUGAACUGUGAUGGCGUGUCAGAGAAAGACAUGGAGCUGCAAAUGCUGAUAAAGAACUGCUGGGAUGAAGAUCCAGAACGAAGGCCGGAUUUCAGGAAAAUAGAGAUGACCCUGGGAAAGCUUUUCAGCAACCUGCACAACCAGGCCACAGAGACCUACAUGGACAACCUGAUCCGCCGCCUGCAGAUGUACUCCAGGAACCUGGAGCACCUGGUGGAGGAGAGGACGUCUCUGUACAAGGCUGAGAGGGACAGAGCGGACCACCUCAACUUCAUGCUCCUACCCGGUCCGGUGGUGCGUUCGCUGAAGGAGACCGGCAGGGUGGAGCCGGAGCUCUUUGAAGAGGUGACGGUUUAUUUCAGUGACAUUGUGGGGUUCACCACCCUGUGCCACUACAGCACCCCCAUGGAGGUGGUGGACAUGCUCAAUGAGAUCUACAAGAACUUUGACAGCGUCCUGGACCACCAUGAUGUCUACAAGGUGGAGACCAUAGGAGACGCCUACAUGGUUGCUUCAGGUUUGCCCAAACGCAACGGUGACCGACAUGCCGUGGACAUCGCACGCAUGGCACUGGACAUUCUGUCCUUCGUCGGGACCUUUGAGUUGCAGCAUUUGCCCGGCAUUCCUCUGUGGAUACGGAUUGGUGUGCAUUCAGGUCCUUGUGCUGCUGGAGUGGUGGGCAACAAGAUGCCUCGAUAUUGUUUGUUUGGAGACACUGUCAACACUGCCUCACGCAUGGAGUCCACCGGCCUGCCAUUAAGAAUCCAUGUCAGUCAGUCCACACUUGCAAUCCUGCACAGGACAAACUGUCACUUCCUGUGUGAGCUGAGAGGAGAGACUUACCUCAAGGGCAAAGGCAAAGAGAUGACAUACUGGCUGACAGGAGAGACUGGAGACAAAUACAAUCUUCCCACACCUCCCACAGCGGAGAACUUCCAGAGGCUGCAGCAGGACCUGGCUGAGAUGAUCGUGUCCAGCCUGGAGAAGCGAGGAGAAGAUGCCGAGGUCUUGGGAAAGAGGAAAACCUUGUCUGCCAAAGCGUCAAAGAGGGACCCGGACAGCGGGCCGCCCGAGUACUUCCACUUGGCCGUGACGGAUGAGCCCGGAACUCACCUGUGACGGUGCAGGACCAGGACUUCCUGCUACGAACACUGCGGGCGUUCUUCGGACUCCACGCCGGGACUCUGGCAAACACAAUUUGCUGACGCAGCAGAAAAUGUCUUAUUUUGCAUCACCUUCAUUGUCCUUUUUCAGCAGAAAAUGUGCUUAUUCAGUCACGUCUUGUGUUAUGAAACCAUGUCUGCACACUUCCUGUGGUGAACUCCUGCCUGGAGUCACUUCCUGUGGUGAACUCCUCCUGUCUGGAGUCACUUCCUGUGGUAAACUCCUCCUGCCUGGAGUCACUUCCUGUGGUGAACUCCUCCUGCCUGGAGUCACUUCCUGUGGUGAACUCCUCCUGCCUGGAGUCACUUCCUGUGGUGAACUCCUGCCUGGAGUCACUUCCUGUGGUGAACUUCUGCCAGGAGUCACUUCCUGUGGUGAACUCCUCCUGCCUGGAGUCACUUCCUGUGGUGAACUCCUGCCUGGAGUCACUUCCUG